GCUAACGAAAUAGACGGAACCCAAAAUGUCAAAAUAUUUCUGUAUUUGUGAAAUAAAUUGUGGCAGUUGAUUCUUUAAGAGGGAAUGACUUGAUAUUUAAAUUACGUUGAGCUAUUUUUUUUAUACAUAUCACCCUGCUCCAUCUCACGUGCAUCGUUUUAGUGCUUGCACAUGCAAAAGAUGGAGGGUGAACAUACAAAACUGCUGCUUGUCACUGCAAAUGUUGGCUCUAUUUUCGAAGAUCCUGAACACAUGUUGAAGAUAUGGCUCAAGGAAUUCCUUGCAGCUGUACAGGAGAUGGAGCCAGGAAUGGUAGCUAUACAUUGUCAGGAAGUUGGAGGGAAGAACUAUGAGGCUUCCAUGCAACAUGUGAACCAGUUUGUCAAGGCCAUGUUAGGUAGUGACGAGUUGCAGAAAUACGACAGAGCUCGCGUCUUCCUCGAUGAAGAUUAUACUGCAGCUGAUAAAUUCACUGCCCUUGGAAACUUGUAUUUCAUCCAUGAAUGUGUGGAGGAGGUCCUUAUAUACGACUUUAUAGAGUGUAAAUUUCUCCCAGUGGAAGGCAGGGAGGUACUUUCAGGGAAUAUAGAAAACAUCCAGAUCAAAGAGAAGGCCAAGUACCCGCAGAAUUUCUUCCCAGAAUUCAAAUGGUCACGGAAAGGCUUUCUACGAACAAGAUGGAAUAUAAAUAACUGUGUGUUUGACCUGAUAAAUAUUCAUCUUUUCCAUGAUGCUUCAAAUAUUGUUGCUUUGCAAAAAACUCCAUCAGUAUAUAGUGAAAACAGAUAUAGGGCAUUGGCACACACGCUACAAAGGUUUGAAACCGACCAGUUUGAGAAGGUUCCAUACUUUUUAUUUGGAGAUUUCAACUUCCGGCUAGAUUUACAUUCCCUUUUAAAGGAUUUAACAGAGAAAACUGAAGCCAAUGAAAUAAGAGGGAAAAAGAAUCAAAUCUCAAAGCUCACAUAUACAGAUGCAAAUAACAAGGUUGUGUUAACCAUAGAGUCCAAGUACUUUGAUCAUCAUGAAAAACAUAAUGAAAUAUUUUCCAAUAAAGAUAAAAUACUGAAUAAAUAUGACAAGGAACUAGCAGCAUAUACAGACAGAUUAUUUGAAUACAGUAUAGACUUCCCUCCUAGUUAUCCAUUUAGUGAAGAUGUUAGUGAUGGUUUAUCGUACAUGAAAACACGUUGUCCGUCCUGGUGUGAUAGAAUUCUACUCAGUAACACUACCAAAGAUAUAAUAUACUCAGAUGAGAAGUUGAAGCCAAAGUAUGACAUCAUAGGGAAAGAUCUGUGCAUGGGAGACCACAAGCCGGUGUAUUUGUUACUGCGGUUAAACAAAGGAAAAGGUAAACAAUUGCCUGUGUUUGAUACUCAGACUUCGUUUGAACGUAGAAAGAUGUUGGCACAUAAAAUAUCAAUAAAUGCCACUGUGUCACCCUCUCCAGAACUGUCGCAGUUGCCAAUGGCAACGGAAGUCAUUGUUCCAAGCACCCAAGUCAAAAUAUCUGAAGUUGACACUACUAAAUACAUACAUAUACGACAAAAUGGAACUUCUGCCAGGGUGUUUCGAGAAACUUCAGUUUGACCGUGGAUUGUUUUUAGUGUCAAGACAUUUAUAAAUGAGAAUUUUUCCUUCAAAUUGUGCCACAUAUAGAAAUACUCGAUAGAUGAAAAGCCAUAUGUGUGGAAUUGUUUUAACAUGUUUCAUGCUUUCUUCAAAGGCAGUGAAGUAGACCGGAAGCUAGGAGUCGUGCAGAUGUGAUCAACUCUAUCUGGUUUUUUAUCGAGGGAUUUAGCAGAAUUUAGUUAAACGUAUACCUAGUAUAAAUAGAGCAGCAACAUGACAUGGAUCUAAAGUUAGUCGGUAGAUUUCUAUAGCAACAUUUAAGGAGUGUUUUUGCUCUGUUAAAAAAACACUGACGAUUGGAUGAGUUGCAAAACUAAUGAAAUUUUAUCUAUCUGGGAACAUUGAAACUGCUGGUUCAGUUCUCACUUCAUUGUAUAAUUUUUCAUAAUUUACAUACGGGCCCCAUGACCUAGCAUUGACACGUGGUAAUACUUUGUCCAUGAAGGGUUCGAAACAAAAGCUAUUAACAGUACUAUGUUGUGAACUUACAAUGUAUAUACAUGUAGUAUCUUGUUGGGAUCCUUUAUGGACAAAGUCCCCCUUCAGUUUGCUCAGUGUUGUAAAUUCAGACAAAAUUCUCAUUUUGUAAUAAUCAAUUAUAUAAAAUUCCAAAAAAUUGGAAUUUGAAAUUUACAGUAGACUAGGACAUUUUGACAACUUGAGCCUAAGUGAGAAGAAUGUUGUUGUGAGGAAGUGUUGUAAGUUUACAUAAUAAAGUCCACAUUCAGUUCUUAUAAUUUGUAGUGAAAAUGGAACAAUAUGUUUGCUAAUUUGUUUCAUGUACCAUUGCAGAACUAUUCAUAUGAACUUAUAUUUACAUACACAAAAGUAAAGUUAGUAUUACAUGUAACAAGUAAGUGGCAUUUCAUAUAUUACUAUUACAUAUAAAACAUAAAAACAUUAGACAUAUACUGAUCUAUUCGACCAUAUAAACAUUUGAAUAACACACAGUACAACCUGUUUUGGAGAUCUGCCCGCUUAGCUCAAUAGGUAGAGUGCAGAUCUACGGAUCUUGGGGUCAUGAAUUCGAUCCUCGGGCGUAUGUUCUUUGUGACAAUUUGAUAGGAGACAUUGUGUCUGAAAUCAUUUGUCCUCCACCUCUGAGUCAUGUGGGAAAGUUGACAGUUACUUACGGAGAACAGGUUUGUACUGGUACAGAAUCCAGGAACAUUGGUUAGGUUAACUGCCUGCCGUUACAUAACUGAAAUACUGUUGAAAGAUGGCAUAAAACCCAUAACAAACAAAACAAACCUGUUUUGUGGGAGUCAUUUUCUUCCAUAUAUUUCAAAUUUGUAAUAUUUGAGAGACACUUUCACUGUUAUCAAGUAAAUACUUGAUUUAUGUAAAGAAGUCAUGGUGACUGUAUAAAUUUUACUUGUUUAUAGCUCACCUGUCACAAAGUGACAAGGUGAGCUUUUGUGAUCGCGCGGUGUCCGUCGUCCGUCCGUGUGUGCGUCCAUGUGUCCGUAAACUUUUGCUUGUGACCACUCAAGAGGUCACAUUUUUUUAUGGGAUUUUUAUGAAAGUUGGUCAGAAUGUUCAUCUUGAUGAUAUCUAGGUCAAGUUCGAAACUGGGUCACGUGCCUUCAAAAACUAGGUCAGUAGGUCUAAAAAUAGAAAAACCUUGUGACCUCUCUAGAGGCCAUAUAUUUCACAAGAUCUUCAUGAAAAUUGGUCAGAAUGUUCACCUUGAUGAUAUCUAGGUCAAGUUCCAAACUGGGUCACGUGCCAUCAAAAACUAGGUCAGUAGGUCUAAAAAUAGAAAAACCUUGUGACCUCUCUAGAGGCCAUAUAUUUCACAAGAUCUUCAUGAAUAUUGGUCAGAACGUUCACCUUGAUGAUAUCUAGGUCAAAUUUGAAACUGGGUCACGUGCCGUCAAAAACUAGGUCAGUAGGUCAAAUAAUAGAAAAACUUUGUGACCUCUCUAAAGGCCACGUUUUUCAUGGGAUCUUUAUGAAAGUUGGUCAGAGUGUUCAUCUUGAUGAUAUCUAGGUCAAGUUCAAAACUGGGUCACGUUCGGUCAAAAACUAGGUCAGUAGGUGUAAAAAUAGAAAAACCUUGUGACCUCUCUAGAGGCCAUAUAUUUCAUGAGAUCUUCAUGAAAAUUAGUCAGAAUGUUUACCUUGAUGAUAUCUAGGUCAAGUUCGAAAGUGGGUCAUGUGUGGUCAAAAACUAGGUCAGUAGGUCAAAUAGUAGAAAAACCUUGUGACCUCUCUAGAGGCCAUAUUUUUCAUGGGAUCUGUAUGAAAGUUGGUCUGAAUGUUCAUCUUGAUGAUAUCUAGGUCAAGUUCGAAAGUGGGUCACGUGCCUUCAAAAACUAGGUCAGUAGGUCAAAUAAUAGAAAAACCUUGUGACCUCUCUAAAGGCCAUAUUUUUCAUGUGAUCUGUAUGAAAGUUGGUCUGAAUGUUCAUCUUGAUGAUAAUUAGGUCAGGUUCGAAACAGGGUCAUGUGUGGUCAAAAACUAGGUCAGAAGGUCUAAAAAUAGAAAAACCUUUUGACCUCCCUAGAGGCCAUACUUGUGAAUGGAUCUCCAUAAAAAUUGGUCAGAAUGUUCACCUUGAUGAUAUCUAGGUCAAGUUCGAAACUGGGUCACGUGCCGUCAAAAACUAGGUCAGUAGGUCAAAUAAUAAAAAAACCUUGUGACCUCUCUAGAGGCCAUACUUUUCAUGGGAUCUGUAUGAAAGUUGGUCUGAAUGUUCAACUUGAUGAUAUCUAUGUCAAGUUUGAAACUGGGUCAACUGCGGUCAAAAACUAGGUCUAAAAUUAUUAAAAUCUUUUGACCUCUCUAGAGGCCAUAUUUUUCAAUGGAUCUUCAUGCAAAUUGAUCUGAAUGUUCACCUUGAUGAUAUCUUGGUCAGUUUCGAAACUGGGUCACAUGCAGUCAAAAACUAGGCCAGUAGGUAUAAAAAUAGAAAAACCUUGUGACCUCUCUAGAGGCCAUAUUUUUCAUGAGAUCUUCAUGAAAAUUAAUGAGAAUGUUCACCUUGAUGAUAUCUAGGUAAAAUUUAAAACAGGGUCAUGUACCUUCGAAAACUAGGUCAAAUAAUAGAAAAACCUUGUGACCUCUCUAGAGACCAUAUUUUUCAAUGGAUCUUGAAAAUUGGUCAGAAUUUUUAUCUUGAUAAUAUCUAGGUCAAGUUCAAAACUGGGUCACAUGAGCUCAAAAACUAGGUCACUAUGUCAAAUAAUAGAAAAAAUGACAUCAUACUCAAAACUGGGUCAUAUGGGAAGAGGUGAGCGAUUCAGGACCAUCAUGGUCCUCUUGUUUGUUUAGAAGUUGGCACGGUGACCGUAUUUUAGACUGAUGCAGCAAUUUUCAAAACUUCCUUUAAGAUGUGCCAUGAAUCUUAUAUUUAUUUGUAUAAAAUUGCCAUGGCCACGACACGAACCAUACACCCACCUUUGCUUACUUCUUUACUUUCAAUAUUCUCAUAUCAUUCUUUGAAUAUUGACAAGAAACUCGUUGUCUGAUGUAUUUAUGUUUCAUUUUACUUGUAUUUACAUUUAUUCUACAUGUUUAAGAUACUGUUGUUUUAUAGAAAUGUGACAAUAACUUUAUAUAGAGUAACUAGUUAGUGUAACCUUUUAAGACAUUUUGGGUGAGUGAGUUGGGUUUUACGGCGAAUCAACACAAAAAGGUCAUAUAUCGCCGAGUUUAAGACAUUUUAUGCCAUGUUUCAGUACUGGUACUAAACAUUUUUGUUUCUUUGAAAGAGGCAAUUUUUAUAUAGCUAACAGUAAAACAUCUGUUUAUUACUGUACCAGUCUAGGUUAUUUUGAUUGCCCCAGCAAUAUGUUGCUGAGUAUUGAUCGUGAUGUGAUAUAGUGCAUAGGUUUAGAAAAAAAGUUAGAAAAUGAAGACUUAUUAAAAAUUUUACAUACUGAUUGUAUUACUUCUGUCAAACUUUGUGCUCAAAGAUCAACAGCUUUAAUUUUGGAAAAUUCCUACACCUGUACCUCUUGUAUGGGUAUAGAAUCAGGCUUAGAAUCAGGUAUAGAUAUAGAUAGGCUUUAGUUUGAUUUUUUUUUUUUUUGCAAAUUACUAUUUGUUUUCCUUCUACCUCUUACUGUUGAAAUGCUGUAGUAAACUGGUUCAUUUUUCCGUCUUACUCAUGUUUAUACAGUUUACGGUAUAAAAUGAACUUACUCAUCAGGAUUUAUCACUUAUCUACUCUACUUGGUUUUCUGUUACUGUGACUGUUACAGCAUAUUUUUUUUUAGAAAUAGGGUAAUUAUUUUGUUUAAGACUUGUCAUAUUGUCGGCUAAGGGAAAUAGGUCACAGAAACCAUAGGUCAGUAGGUCAUGGAAGCCAUAGGUCAUGGAACACACUGGUCUGUAGGUCACAUAAACCAUUGGUCAGUAGGUAAUGGAAACCAUAAGUCUGUAGGUCAUGAAAUGUCAUGGAAGCCAAAGGUCAAUAGGUCUUUGAAAACAUAGCUGUGUAGGCCAAGGAAUAACAUUUUAAUAUAUGAAAUAGCCCAGUAGGUUUGAAACAAACAGGCCUGUACAGCCUUCUCAUUCUUGAAAAAUAUUGAAACAAGUUGUUUUUUAGCCUGCUAUUUGCAAUUAAGACCAUUUUUAGGAAAAUCAUUAUAGAUUCAAAUUGUUAAGUAUUUGCCUAACAGUUCAAAAUUAUGAAUUAUAUAAGGGCAGAAUCAUGCUUGCCUAUUGUUGUUUUAACUAGACCAGUCACUCUGAGCUAGAGGUCAAUUUGAUUGAAUAUAUUUGUUUAGAUACUCAAGUCUUUCUAUUUCUUUGCCAAAGAACUCAUUUUUUUUGUAUGACAUGUAGUAGAGUAACAAAAUAACUUCACAGAGAGUGUCAUGAUGCACAUUGUGUUACCAGUAAUAUAAAACACAUUACAGUCAAACCUGUGUUAAAGACCACCUCUGAACAGAGACCACCUGGCUCUAAAGACCACAUGUUUUGUUUCCUCUUUUAAUAUUUACGGUGUAUUUUAACCUGUGAAUAAAGACCACUGCUCAAUAAAGACCACAUUUUGGCUCUCCCAAGGGUGGUCUUUCUAGACAGGUUUAUAUUUUAUAGAGCUGUUGAUUUUAGAAGAAACACUGCCUCAAUAGGUGUUACCAGAAAUACCAUUUCGACAUUUCUCUGAAGCAAACAUAUCCGCAUAAUUUUGUACUCUCGUAUAUUUGAUCUAUUCCAGUUAUAUACGGCAGUUGGUGAUCUGCAUCCAAGUUUUCCUAACAAUCUGGUCCAAGAAUGUUUGUGGAAUUGGUUGUUCUGUUUAGGCACUAUUUUCACUAUAAGCAUUUUGAGUACCCUUUAUUUUCAGUCAGAUAUAGACACAUACUGGUAAUGCUGUCUUGGCUGUAUGGACAUUCUAUUUGAAUAUUUUCUAAAGCAUACAAUGUAUGUUUUCAUACAAGCCCAUUGAUAAGUACUGGUGUUCAGUAUGUACAAUCUUGGUGCAAUAGUUGUUGUAUGUUCUUUCACAUUAUUUCACUGUUACUUACUAUUUUUAUUCAGAUUGUUUACAUGUGAAACAGUUCAUGUUGCUCUGUAAGCUGUCUUGGGGCAUACUGUUUGUUUAAAACAGCACAGUGAUAUAUUUGUUUGUGAGCUUGAAUUCACUUGAACUCUCCCAUUAAGGAAGCCUGAUAGUUUGCUUAAGGAAAGUUAGUGGUUUCUCUGACCCAAAGGAUUGCUCAAAGGGGCACUUAGGAUUUUCCUUCAUCAGGGCACUUGGGAUCUUCCUCCAUGUAGGGAUGGUGCCUCUUUGGUCAAGAGUUACAGUCCUUGUCUUUGAAUUACUUGACCCUCACCGCUGUGGGUUCAGAACCUUGCUUGGUGUGUAAAAUCAUUUCAUUUGAGGAAGCCAUCCAGCUGGCUUACAGAAGGUUGUUAGUUCUACGGAAGUGCCCACUUUUGCCUGAAAUAAUGGUCUUCCUCCACUAUCAGAAGCUGGAAAAUAGCCAUAUGACAUUGUGUCAGUGUGACGUUGAACCAAACAAAAAAGAAAACAAUACACAAGGGGCACCUAGGAUCUUACUCAUCCAUGGAACACCUGGGAUCUUUCUCUACCAAAAGGUAACUGUGAUCUUAAUCUAUUGUGAGGUACCUUCCUCCACCAAGGGGCAUCUAGGAUCUUUCUUUACUGAGGGAGACAUGUAGUAUCUUUCUCCACCUUGGAUUUUCUUCUGAGGAGAAAUUAGGAUCUUCCUCCACCGAGGGGCAUCUGGGGUCUUUUUCCACCAAGGGGCACCUAGGAUCUUCCUCAGCCAAGGGCCAUAUAAGAUCUUCCUCCACCAAAGGGGACCUAGGCUCUUCCUGGGAUCUUCUACCAAGAAGGGGGACUUAGGCACUUGCUUGAACCUUCCUCCUCUGAGGAGUAUAUAGGAUCUUCCUCCAACAAUGAAGCUGGCUAUUUGUCAUUUAACGAGAGCUGUUUGGUUGACUUUAAACUCAGUUUUAAAGAGGAUGAAUAAGCAUUUUUACAAAUCACAGGAUAAGUGUCAUAAUGAACUUAAGCAAAAUUCUCAUUUCGUACAAAAUUUUCAUUUCAUACAAAACACGCACACACGUAGGUGCAAUACUCAUAUGGAUAGAAUGCACUAAACAGUCUUUGUACAAUACUUGAGUUCAGGUCUGCAAUACGGCUAAUUGUUCUGUACAUUUAUUAUCUUCAUUAAAUUAAUAUAUAUUCUUUGUACAGGAAUGUAAUUUUGUGAAAUGAUCUACAAUGGUAAUGUUGUGGAAAAUUUUGCCAUAUUGAUAUACAUGUAUGUACAUAUUGUUUAAGACAUAAAAAUGCAAAAAGUAUGCUAUCUUGUAGAAACUCGUUCAUAUAUUUUGUUCAUUCUUUAAUUUUAAGUUUAUUAUCCAAUAAAGGAAUAUGUUUUGUAUGCUUGUUACUAAAUUUACUCUAUGUAUACAGUAUGUCUCCACAAAGUACAUCAUUCUAAUGGCAAAAAAAAAAAAUUGUUUGGUACAUGUAUUGUUUAACAGAACUUUUGUGAAUGUAUUUUUCUAUUUUGGUGAAAAUAUUGAAUUGUCUCCCUUAUCAGUGACAGUGUAUUUUCGAUAUCUCACUGAAAAUGAACAAAUAUCCUCCAUGUACACCAUUUUAUAAAACUCAAAUGAUGGUGAUAUUUUUUAAAAUCAUUUUCGAUCAUCAGAAACCAUUUAGUUGUGGUGUAUUCGGUAGUACGAAUAUAUCAGCAACUUUUUAACGACAAAUUUUUUAUUUGCAUUUUGCCAAUAUUUGUCAGGUUCUUAUAUGACUUUCAAAAUAUCCAAGUUAGCAUAAAAACAGCAUUUUUUAAAGUCUUUGUAAAUUGGAAAAAAAAAAAUUAUGAACAAAUUUUUUAUGUGCAAAGAACAGUUUUGCUGAAAAUUAGAUUGUUAGCUUCAAUAUUGAAAAAUAUAGACAAAUAAUAUAGAUCUCUGAUCACCAUACAUUAAAGUUGAUGUGUGAUUUAUUUUAGAUCUUAAAAAAUCGGUGGUGGGGUGGGGGGGGAAUCUUGGAAAUAGAAACCAUUACAUAAUUAGAAAAUCAAACUAACUAAAAUCAAAUUCUUACAUUCUUUUAUUGUGCCCUCCCAUGAGUAGUCCGUGCAUCGGUCCGUCUGUCGAUCUGUCUGUCCGAAGUUUGUGACGCGCCUAGCUCAAAAAAAAUAUAAAAAAUUUUGAUGUAAAUUGAUGAAACCUUGCAUGAGUCUUUAUCAUAAUAUGAACAUGCGCACCACCUUUUUUUCGUCUGGCUCCAUCCCCUAUUUCCAGAGUUGUGGCCCCUGAAAUAGUAAGAAAUGCUCAUUUUCACCUUGUGACAUGCCUAGCUCUAAAAGUAUUUGAUAUAGAAUCAUGAAACCUUGCAUGAGUCUUAAUCAUGAUAUGAACUUACGCACCUCCUAUUUUUCAUCUGGCUCCGACCCCUAUUUCUAGAGUUAUGGCCCCUGAAAUAGUCAAAAAUACACAUUUUCACCUUGUGAUGCACCUAGCUCAAAAUGUAUUUAAUAUAAAUUGAUCAAACCUUGCAUGAGUCUUUAUCAUGAGUCUUUAUCAUGAUAUGAACUUGCGCACCUUCUAUUUUACGACUGCCUCCGCCCCCUAUUUCCAGAGUUAUUGUCCCUGAAAUAGUCAAAAAUGCACAUUUUCACCUUGUGAAGCACCUAGCUCAAAAAGUAUAUUAUAUAAAUGGAUAAAAACUUGCCCGAGUCUUUUUCAUGAUAUAAACUUGCGCUCCUCUUAUUUUUUGGCUGGCUUCACCCCCUAUUUUUAAAGUUAUGGUCCCUGAAAUAGUAAAAAAAUGCACAUUUUCACCUAAUAAUGUGCCUAGCUCAAGAAGUAUUUGAUGUAAAUUCAUGAAACCUUGCUUGAGUCUUUAUCAUGAUGUGACCUUACAAACUUGGCAUUCAUGUUGGGAAUCUUAGCUCUUAUUACAGAGUUAUGGCCCUUGAAAUAGCCAGAAUAGUGGAUUUUUUGUUUGUGAUUCUCAUAGCUCUAAAAGUAUAUGACCUAGAAUAAUGAAUCCUUUUCAUAAAAUGUUUGUUGAAGCUAUACCUCCUUCAGACUGCAGACAUUUGAAUUAUUGCCCCUUAUUUGUGACAGAUGUACCAGUGGGGGCACACCCUGUGUCCUACAGACACAUUCUAGUUUAGGUAGCCUGAUUUUAGCCUGUAAAAGUGUUCCGAUGUUGCUCAUUGCAGAGCUGGAGCGGUCUUCUGUGCAUUGUCAAUGGAGCGGUCUUCUGUGAUUAUCAAUUGGAGCGAAAGGCAAAAAUACGCAAAUUAUUGCAUGUACGCACACAUUUAGUGAAUAAUAUGUAUAAUAUACUGACUAAAGGUUAGGAUGUAUUACGGUAACCAUGGUUACAAAAUAAAAUAAAGAUACUUUCUGUUCAAAUUGCUUGAAUCCGGUAUAUACCGGAGUGUGUAAUUUAUACAGGCGCUCCAGGUCUGCAGUGACUCACAGGCAAAGUGUUUGAGACCAGUCUCAAUACUCCAGCUUCUGAUUGGUCAAUUCUGAGCACAGGUUUGAAAUUAACCAAUGGUAAAGCUGCAUUUUCAUAGACUGGUCUCGGCAUAAAUUUUAUAACAUAGGUAUUUUAGUUUGAUGUACUUUGUGGAGAUUUUCCCAUGUUGUUAGUGGCUGUGAUUUGUUACUGGGUUUAUUUUUUCAUUUAGAGAUCCAUAUUGUAUAAGUUUGAAUGUGCUGUCUGUAUUAUGUUGUUACAGAAUUAACUAUGUUACAGAAAUAUCCUUGUGUGUUUACGAUAUAUAAUAUAUUAUGUUUAGUGUUACGUUUAUAUGUUAUAAAAGUAUUGAAAUCUAAUUUGUUAAAGAGCUGACACACAUUCAUGUGUUGAAUUAGUUGUUUUUGUUCCAUUUUUGCUCAUUUCUUAUUUAUGCUUUUAUUCAUUUUUGUAGACAAAAAUGUAAGAAAAAAAAUGCUGUUACAAAAUACAUCACAGAAACAUUUACUAAAUCAGAAAUUACAACGAGAAUUUUUGUUUUUCAAAAUAUUUGUUGUGUUCCUUAUAAUUAUAGUAGAUAGAACAUGUAUGACUUCUAGCUUCAUGUGAUACAAGCGUUCAUUUGCAGUAUUAUGAUGCAUUAAACAGGAUUGUAGUAAUUAGCAUAAAAACAACUUUUAAUUUCAUCAAUUUUAAGGAUAAAAGGUUAAAUCAUCGGUCAGGUACGGAAUGACAUUUAUCCUUGAUUUAUUUUAAGGAUGGAAGUUUUAAAUGUUAAAUCAUUUAAUCAAAUAAAGAACGACUUUGGUCCAUGAUCUAAAUGGUUAAAAGGUUAAAUCAUCAGUCAGACAGGGAACAACAUUUUACUAUGAUCUGUUUUAAGGACGAAGGUUUGAAGGUUAAGUAAUUAAAUAGGUAGUGAUUAACAUUUAUCCCAGAUCUAUUGGCAGGUUUACAACAAUUAAUUGUUUGAUAAAAAUUGUACAACAAUUAAUUGUCUGACAGAAAGGGUUACAACUAUUAAUUGCCUGACAGAAAACUGUACAGGAAUUAAUUCUCUGACAGAAAUUGGUACACAAUCAUUGUCUUACAGAAAUGGUUGCAAUAAUUAAUAAUCUGGCAGAAAUGGUUACAACAAUUAAUUGUCUGACAGAACCUUUUACCACAAUUAAUUAUCUGACAGGUAUUAUUGUAAAAGCAAUUAAUCAUCUGACAGAAACUGUUACCACAAUUUAUCACCUAACAGAAAUUACAACCAUGAGUCACAAGCAUGCCUGCUUAGCUCAAUAGGGAGAGCACAGAUCUAUGGCUCACUGGAAAUGUUCUAUACAAUAAUUUGAUGAAACACAUUAGGUCUGGAAUCAUUGGACAUAAUUAACAUGGAGAAGUUGGCAGGGAAUCAGUUGUCAGCAAAUAUUAUUAUUAAAUUAGUAAUAAUAACAAUAUAAUAAAUUAUAUUAAUUAGUAACUGUUGGUCAGGAUUUAAACAAUAUUUCCAUUACAGGUCACUUCUCAAAUGUAAAGUGUUGUGUGUUUGAAAAUGUUUUAAUAAACAAAUUAUCAUGUGCAGAUUUUCUUUCUUUAAAGCUACAAAUAGUCAACCUGUGUAUGCUAUAAAAUUAGUCAGCAAUAGAUGAGUAGAAGCUUCCAGUAACAUAAAUCUACAUUUAUUUCAUUAACAUGGAAAGGAAAGUAAUUGUUGAUUAUAGCAUACUUUAGUUUUAUCUGGGCAUAAUAUAUGCAAUAUUGGUGUUUUUGAUCUCAUAAAGGUUCAUUUUCUCUAUACUUAAAUAUUACAUACACCAUGUGUUGCAAGCCUGACUUUGAAAUGUGUUACUUGCUUUAAUUUACUGAAUACUGAAAUGCUUGACAGGUAAACCUAGUGUUUUAUAAGACACUCAGUUAUUGAAGUGGUCCAGCUUAUUAAACAACAUAACUUCUUCUAGCAUCUAAUCUCUAAGAAAUAUAAUUCUAAUGCAAGCUUUGUCCAACAUUCACUUCUUAAACACCAUGUAGAUACUGCCCUACACAUUCUGUUGAUUCACAAAGAUCUCGUUCCUCACUUGAACCUAGCAUAAUAUUCAAUUUUAGAUAGAUCUGAAGUUUCAAAAGCAUUUAAAAAAUUCAUAUUACUUUAUCAUAUGAAAUUACACUAGUAAAGAUUUCAUACUUCUUAGGUACUUCAUUAGCUUCUGCCUUCCUGAGAGCAAACUUUUGAUUAACUUUAGGGUAUUGUCAUCUCUUGAUUGUAGGUGUUGGAAUGGUAAGGAACUUUUAGGUCCACUUUUUCUUGAAAAUUGUAAAAGCUAUAGCUUUGAAACUUUGCUCACUUGUUACCAUCAUUUGGGAAGUUCGAAGGCCAAGAACCAUAACACUCAUUUGAGCCGCGCCAUGAGAAAACCAACAUAGUAGGUUUGCGACCAGCAUGGAUCCAGACCAGCCUGUGCAUCCAGGCUGAUCUGGAUCUAUGCUGGUUGCAAACCCACUAUGUUGGUUUUCUCAUGGCACGGUUCAUUUGCAUUUUGUCAGAAUAAUGGCCCUUUAAGUAGUUACAAAAAAAUUGAAUUUCUUCAUUAACAUUUUUGCUUAGUUCCAAUGUUUGCAAACAGCUUUAUCAUCAUAAGGUAAGUACAUAGAUCAAGAACCAUAACUCUGGUGCGAAUUUUAUCAGAAGUUUGGCUCUUUAUGAACUUAGAAAUUAAAUAAGAAAGAAAAUUGGAAAUUCUUUGUUAAUUUCUUUGUUAACGUCCAAUUUUCAUAAAUACUACAAGAGCUAUAGCCUUUCACACCUGUUAGUCUCAUUGGAUUUGUAUGUAAGUGAAGAACCAUAACUCAGUCUUGUAUUUUGUCAGAAGUACGACCCUUUCAUACAUCGAGCACUUACAGGACGAGUGUUGAGUCCCAUAGGUGAUGUUCUUGCUUACAAUGAUCAUAGCCAUGAUUUGUCUGAUUUUUUUAAAAAUUCUUAAGGUUUUAUAGAUUUGCAUACUAAAUUGAUUAUUUACCAAUUAGGACACAGAAAAUUUUGCCUAUCAUGAAAAUGAGAAAUUUUGAUGUUCUUAGUUAAGGCUUGGACUAAAAAUUUAAUGAUAUUGUAUAAUUAUGUUUCAAGUCUACCUUGUUUAUUUGAAAUAUUGAAACAGUAGGUACCAGUUUCUGCUACUUAUGUUAAAUUACAUAAAUGACAGACCUGAUCAAUUAAUAUCUAAAAGUGUAUUAUAAUAGGUAGCCCAAAUCCCCUGAAGUUUAGCAUUCACUUAACCCUUAGCUUGCUGGACAUAAUUGGUUCUGACUUUGCGACCAGUGUAGAUCAUGAUCAGCCUGCACAUCCAUGCAGUCUGAUCAUGAUCUGCCUAUUCGCUAUUCAGUCAGUAUCUUUUUGGUAAGUACCCCUUUUAACAGUUAAUGGUGCUGUCCAAAUUCAAAGAUGGACAAGUUCAUUAUAUAAAUUUAGCAGGGUAAGGGUUAAGAUCAGAAGAGCUACAGAAACUGUUGAUAUCACAGGUCUUGGCCAAUAUUCAUCAGCAUUUCAAUUCUAAAACUUAAGACUUCGAAAUGCUAGAAUUACUUUUUGCCCUAAAUUUGUAUAUUAUGUAUAGAUUUUAAUUAAACUUGGUAUGAAUAUGACAUAUGUUAUGGUUAAAAGCAACGCAAAAUUUCAGCAAUAUAUGGUUUAUACAAAGGAAGUUACGGAAAUUUGAAUUUUUAGAAAUUUAGAGUCAGAGUCUAUAUUUCAGACUUAAGAUGUUGAUGAAUACUGGCCCAGUGCUUUUAGAUUUAAGUGGGGUAAACGUUUUUUUUUCAAAACUUUAAUCAUGGAUAAAUCUUCACUAUAAAAUAAUCGUUGUUUUUUUAUCAGUUUGAUAAUUGUUUAGAAAUUAGAUUAUAAGUAUGUGAAUGUUUUGUUGGAAUUCAAGAGUACGAAUGUGCAGUGAGUGUAUGCAAACGGAUGUCUCCCAGUCUAGUUGAAACCCAUAGACCAUUCUUUUUCCCCGCAAGUAAAGUAUUUUUCUUUGCUUUUGUUUUCGUCUUACAAUGGAGACCAGUUCAAAUGCUCAUCUUAUCUUUAUUUUGUAUACAUGUCCAUCUUAGGUUAGAUCUUGUUGACUAGUAAGAUUUCAUAUAUUGCAAUAUAUAUAUUCUAUAUAACAUUCAUUAUUUGUUAUAUGCAUUAUCAUUUUAUAUUUCUUUCUGUUUUUAUAGGUGUGCAGACUCAUUUUUUUUAAAUAUUGCAGUUGUACCAAAUUUUAUGUCCACAUUCUAUAUCCAUGAUAAUGAAUAAAAGUUUUUAUCAAUACAUCUA